AUGUUUAUAUGUGCACUUUUCACCUUCCUCGUCCUCAUAUUUUUAAAUGAGGCUCCUUCAGUGUCCUCAGUGGAAUCGGUAAACGUAGAAUGCAAAAUAUUUUGUAUAAGUGAUCAGCAUCCAGGAAUUGAGCACAGAAAAUUGACCAAACACCAUGUGCACCAUGAAGAAUUCAAAAAGCUGGUCAAGCCCGAAAGACACCACGUUAAACACUUGCAUAAAAGUCAAACUCGACAGCCAUCUGAACAGUGCAUUUUAAUUUGUCCUGUAAAUCAGCCACCUAUUAUUCCUGUUUCAGGCUUACCUGGUAUCAACUCAGAUAUUGGUUUAGGCACACCCUCACCGAUUCUUAUUCAGACAAAUGAAUCAACCAUUUUACCUGCUGUAGACAUAGACAUUCACAACACACCCACACUAGCUCGUGGAAACCAAGCUAUUGCAUUUGGAACCAAAACUACACCUCGUAUAUCUAAUACAACUGAAACAAUUUACUAAAAUAUAUUUUGUCUAAUAAAUGAUGAAUUAAUAGA